AUGCAUGCUUAUGGAGCUUUGCUUAUUGUUGCAUUGAGUACUCUCCUGAUCUUCAUUUAUAAUUGUUCUGAUCAAGUUCUAGUUACUCGAGAGAGGAGAAAGGCUAAAUCUAGAGAAGCAGCUGCUAGACAAGUAAGGGAAACUGUACAGGCUAGGGAACGAUGGAAAAUAGCAAAAGAUAUUGCUAAGAAAGGUAAGGGGGGAUUGCAUGACCAAUUAUCUCGCACCUUUUCUCGCAAAAAAUCAGCUAAAUCAGAUCCAUUAAAGGUUGGUACCCAAGCUAAACGUGGUGCGGGUGAUACGUUUUUGGCACCAAUGCCUGCUUCAAGCAAUGAACAACAAUCUGCAGCUUCAAACAUACCAAACAAGGAGCCUACUAACCUUACUAAAAUGUUGAAUUCUCUUGAGAAUGAUCCACAUAGCAAUGAAGGAUUCAACCUACAAAUUGGAGAUAAAAAUAUUAAAAAGCAGAUGCCAAAGGGCAAGAAUUUACACACACAAAGCCAAAUUUUAAGGUAUGCUUAUGGUCAAAUUGAGAAGGAGAAAGCUCAACAAGAGAAAAACAAGAACUUAACUUUCUCGGGAGUAAUUUCAAUGGCUACUGAAGGUGAGGUUCGAACAAGGCCUGUGAUUGAGGUAGCUUUUAAGGAUUUAACUCUUACUUUAAAAGGUAAAAGAAAACAUGUACUAAGAUGUGUGUAUGGUAAACUCAUGCCUGGUCGAGUUUCUGCUGUGAUGGGUCCCUCAGGAGCUGGCAAAACUACAUUUCUUUCUGCCUUGGCAGGGAAAGCAAGAGGAUGUACUAUGACAGGCUCAAUACUAAUCAAUGGAAAGAACGAAUCCAUUCAUUGCUAUCAGAAAAUUAUUGGUUUUGUGCCACAAGAUGAUAUUGUGCACGGGAACUUGACAGUGGAAGAAAAUCUUCGUUUCAGUGCAAGAUGCAGACUCUCUGCGGAUAUGCCAAAACCAGACAAGGUUCUGAUUGUUGAAAGAGUGAUUGAGUCCUUAGGACUCCAAGCAGUGAGGGACUCCCUUGUUGGAACAGUAGAGAAGCGAGGUAUAUCUGGAGGACAACGAAAACGUGUAAAUGUAGGGAUGGAAAUGGUUAUGGAACCAUCCUUAUUAAUCUUAGAUGAACCUACAACUGGCUUAGAUAGUGCAUCUUCCACUUUACUGCUUAAAGCACUUCGUCGAGAAGCACUUGAAGGGGUAAAUAUCUGCAUGGUACUUCAUCAACCAAGAAUGUUUGAUGAUAUAGUCUUUCUAGCCAAAGGUGGUCUGACUGCAUAUCAUGGUCCUGUUAAAAAAGUAGAAGAGUACUUUGCUGGCAUUGGAAUCAAUGUACCUGAUAGAGUGAAUCCUCCAGACCAUUUCAUUGACAUUUUGGAAGGUUUAGUGAAACCAAAUGGAAAUGUGACCCAUCAACAACUUCCUGUGAGAUGGAUGUUGCAUAACAGUUACCCAGUACCACCAGAUAUGCUUCAUUUUGCUGAUCAAAUUGCUGCUGCCUCCUCAACAAAUACCAAUGAUCCACCAAAGCCCGCAGAAGAAGUUGUUGAUCAAUCCUUUGCUGGAGAGUUUUGGGAGGACAUGAAGAGUAAUGUUCAGAUGCGACGAGAUCAUAUAGAGGCAACCUUCUUAAAGACUAAGGACUUGUCUAAUCGAAGAACUCCGGGUGUAGCUCGACAAUACAGAUACUACCUUGGACGGUAUGACUUAUAA